CGCGAUACGUCGACGCGUGCGUGUCUCGUCCUGACUCGCGUGCUGCCUAUCUCUCCCUGUACUUGCCGCCGCGAGCUCGAGACUUUCUGCUUAUACAGCGGACGAUUUCUCUCUACGAACUGAAACUAGUCUGACAAAGCGAUCGUAUAUGGACUUUCUUUACUCGUACUUGUCGAAGAGCGAAGGAUUACGUGUGUCAAUUGAGUCGUGUAUAAGUUACCUUUUUAAAUCAGCAGCAACAGCGACUUUUUGAUAGUUUCCCUUUGUCUGGAACAUUGCUAUCGACAUCGGGGUCAAAGUGUACCUUCGAACAGAUAAUUUAGUGAGGUUAUGCGCGAGUUUUCUGGGAUGACAGAUCCCCAGCGACGUCGACGUCUUUGUCGCUUCUCGUAAAAUUUGGAGAACUGACAUGUCAUUUUAAACAAUCAAUAAUCAUUGGUGAACUACAUUGUGUACUAACAAACAGUUUGCUAUUUUGGAGAAGAGACGCGCGCCGACUGGCUUUUGUUCUUAAAAAAGCCGGACCACGUGCUCGCGUCGUUCGCUGAAACGCCGACUGAACAGGUGUUUAAAUCAGCGUCUUUCCGGGAAGCCGCUAACCAAGAACGUUUUCGGUGUUUUGCAAGUGUAUUACUCAAACUCAGGGUGUGUUUUCAAAAUCUUUGACGUGACAAACUCAGCGAGUGAUUUUUCUAAUCCGAAACUCGUACUACGAGUGAACUUUUAAAAUACGAAUACUUACCAGUGAUCGUAAAGUCUUCGGCAAGAAUUUUCUCAGUGUUCCCAAAGUCUCGAGACAGUACAAUGCGUCCCCGUCUUCUCAGGAUUCUCAGCCAAUAAUCAUAAUAAUUGUCACGUGCCGCGCGAUGAUCCUCACAAAUCACUUAAUCGUGGUGUCGCUCUACUGAGCCUCGUCUCUCACUCUCUCAUAUACAAGUGCGUGUGUGUGUUUACCGUGCAUGUGCGUGGGUGUCCCGACAACAAAAAGAAGCGUCACCAGCAGAAGAAAGCAGCAGCAGCAGUAGCGCAGCGGAGGUCCGACUUUAUUUCGUCUCGAGGAGAUAGCUGCCGGUAUGAUUCCUGGAAGAGGCUGUCGUCGUCGUCUUCUACUUCGGAGCGACGUCGACUGGCUCCUCUUCGUAGUCGUGUGCUGCGUCGCUUUGCUUUCGUCUUCUGUUUGCAAAGGCGAGAAGCCGACAUCGUCUCAUUUCCUUGAUGACACCGACUCCUCAGCUGGUGUGGUGGAGGAUGUCGAAGACUUGGACCCUAACGUGCAAGACUACAACGAGACCGACGAAGACUACAACGACGUUUUCGAUGCCACCUCGAAUGGAACUGACAUCGACGCACCUGCAGGCGGCAAGGGAGGUACUCUGAAAUUCAUCCGGGCGCUAAUGAACCUCACUAAGGAUGCUGGAAGCGUCGUGCACAUGAAGUGCGAGAUCGUCGGCGACCCGCCACCAACCAAAAUCCGCUGGUACAAAAACGAGGCUCCGGUCAAAGAGGAACCUAACAGGGUCAUCAUCAAGAAAAUCAAUCCGCAGAACCACGAGCACGCAGCGAAAAACAUCGCCGGGAGUCGUCUAAAAAUUACUCGGUUGGACGUGAACGAUCGAGGAUUUUACUCUUGUCGCGCCAACAACGACAAGGAUUUCAUUCAGAGCGAGGGAACUCUUCAAGUCAGAACGUCGCGUCAUGGUAGCCAUACGAUGAACCCGUCACUUGACAUAGGCAACUAUUCUCCGAUUUCUCCGCAUUUACCAGAUUUGCUAGAUGACAACAACGAUGGAGAUAAAUUUGGUACUUCAGGGAGUGGAUUAUCUACUCCAAAUCAGUUAGGAUCAACAAAUCAUUUUGGUAGAUCACCUCCUAGUCCACAACCAACUAAUUCGCAAACCAGCACCAUGGAUCUUAUGGAAAUCAGCGGCCUUAAAAAUGUCAAUAUGCAAAUACCAGUAGGUGUUAGUCUCGCUAACCUGCCUGGCGCAUCUUUGCUUCCAGGGCGUAAGGACAAUCAUGAAGGAAUUUGCGAGCUUUACGAAGGCAAAAUAUGUGCACAGUUUGUUGGCAAUCACUCCGUCUACAUUCCUCACCCCCUGACACAGAAGAUGUUGGAAGAAAAAUUAAUAAAAGCUUUUCAUGUUAUCAAUCAAUCAAAUGAUUUAUCUUCAAACUGCGAGCGUUAUGCGCAGCCAUCUUUAUGCUACUCGACUUUCCCGAUCUGUCGAGAUUUUCCAAAAAGUCAAAAGCCUAGCACGCAGCUGUUCAAACUAUUGAACUCAAACCAGCAAGACUCAUUCGACGAUACAGAUAUAGAUGACUCGUUUGACGAUCUUUCACGCCUGCAGCAUGGUAUACGACGCAAACGAGGUGGCAAGUACCGUUCAAACUUUGACUCCAGUAUCGAUAACAAAGAAAGAGCAUCGACCCGCAAGAUCAUCAGCACGACGUAUGGUGACUCGCGUUCGGCAAAGAAAGUCAGUUUGAACCGUAAACUUAGACGAAUCUGUCGUAAAGAAUGCGAGAUCUUGGAGAACGAUCUCUGCAGAAAGGAGUACGCUAUUGCUAAACGUCAUCCAGAAAUUGGCAAGCAGGUCCCACUGGUUGAAUGCUCGGAUCUGCCAGAGGAAGGUACACUCGAGGCUGCGGACUGCAUCAGCAUCGGCAUCUCUACUGAGAACAACGUUCAAGAAAAUGUCUAUUGUUAUUGGGGAACUGGAAAGUCGUAUACUGGUCCAGUAAAAACAAGUAUGUUUGGUCGCCCCUGCUUGCCUUGGAAAAAUCAGUUCAAUCUACAAAUAUCUGAUCAUCUGGAACUGGCAGGUGGCCAUUCUUAUUGUCGAAAUCCUGGCAGUACUGAACCCCAACCAUGGUGUUACGUCGAUGUGGAUAAUCGUAGUCAAAAAGAGUAUUGUAAUAUACCUAAGUGUGUUGAAAACUUAUGGGUUUAUGCUGUUGUUGGUUUUGUACUCACAGGAGGAUUUGUAAUUAUAUUAGUUUGUUAUUGUUGUUGCUACAAAAGCAGAAAAUCUAGAAGACAGACAAACCAUUUACCAACAAAUAAAAUGUUAAAUGGAUUACAAUGUGACAAAAAUAUUUAUGAUGGAAGACGAAAUACAACACAGCCGAUGGAGAUGAGUUCUCUUUUAGCUGGUCCAGGAAAUACAACUCCUGGAACUGGAACUUUAAGCAGUGGAAGUAGUAGAACUUCCAAUAAUCGAGUGCCACAAUUUACAAUAAAUAAUGUCAUGUUAUUACAAGAGCUAGGAGAAGGAGCCUUUGGAAAGGUUUAUAAAGGAGAAUUACAAACAGGAAAUAAGGCUGAUGAAGUAAUUUAUGUAGCUGUUAAAACUUUAAAAGAAAACGCAAGUCCAAAAACUCAAAGUGACUUCAAACGCGAAGUUGAUCUCAUGACAGAUCUUAGGCAUCCAAAUAUUAUUUGCUUACUUGGUGUAAUACUUAACGGAGAGCCAAUGUGUAUGCUUUUUGAGUAUAUGACUCAAGGAGACUUGCAUGAAUUUCUGAUCUGUCAUUCACCAAGAUCUGACGUCCCUUUAAAUAAUGCGAGUGGAAAAGUAUUAGAGCAACCUGAAUUUUUGCACAUCGCUCUUCAAAUUGCUUCCGGGAUGGAGUAUCUAGCCAGCCAUCACUACGUUCAUAGAGAUUUAGCAGCCAGAAAUUGUUUGGUUGGAGAAAACCUAACGGUAAAAAUUUCAGACUUCGGUCUUUCUCGGGAUAUCUAUAGCAGCGAUUACUAUAGAGUACAAUCAAAAAGUUUAUUGCCUGUAAGAUGGAUGCCACCAGAAUCGAUCUUAUACGGAAAAUUCACAACAGAAUCUGAUGUUUGGAGUUUUGGUGUUGUUUUAUGGGAGAUUUACAGUUAUGGCUUACAGCCAUAUUACGGUUAUAAUAAUCAAGAAGUAAUUGACAUGAUCCGCUCACGACAACUUCUUCCUUGCCCAGAGGAUUGCCCGACAAUGAUCUACAGUCUGAUGAUAGAGUGUUGGCACGAGGUGGCCAAUCGUCGGCCGCAGUUCCCGGAAAUUCACCACCGGCUACACAACUGGUACGUCAAUCAAACAUACCUCAGUGACUUUUGCAACGAGUCGAUAACAAGUUACUCGGGCAGUAGUCACAAGAGCACCAACAAAACAAACUCAACGCAACUCUCCGCGCCAGUCUACAAAAGCGAUUCUCUAACCAGGAAUCAGCAAACGCAGCUCGGCAUGAAUAAACAGCAAUCACAGCACGUGCCGGACAGUCAACAGACGCUUUACGGCGGUGUGACGACAGACCAGCAGAGCAACAUUCUCAAAAUUCUGUCGCCUAACUUUCAUAGUAGUCCGCAGCAGCAACAACAGCAGAUCUUCGCAAACGGUCACAGCUGCAACGCUUACGGCGAUCAACAGCAAGGCACGCCGUUAAAAAAUCACCUCGGCUACCCGAAUCAAAACCCGAAUAUGGGCCUGAUAGGCGAGGAUAAACAGCAGUGCUGCUCGCCCAAACUGAGCGGAGCAAAAAAGGUUCUUCCGUCAAUGGUUAUUCCUCACCAACAGCAGCUGCACAAGAAUGGUGGUGUGCAAAAUGGUGCACAGCUCGUAGUUAGACUGCCUGACCCCAGCAAAGUUCUUACAGAAACCAGGCUCUCGAAACAAUAGGCAGUAGUCAAGCCUCGCCCACGUUUACUGGGGCCUCUUUGACUGAACUCGCACUUACGGGGAUAUGAAUCGCGCGUGCUUGUGUGGUGUUAAAUGCGAAUCUGAUUCCAGAUCUGUCACGAACGACGGUUUAAGAGUUUCUUAGUGCAUCGCGUAUGUCUUUGCUUGCCUUAUUAAAAUGAUAAUUUUAUUCUAUACGUCUAAGAGAUCCUCAAAGCUUAUCAUUUCUUUACUUAGGCAAGCAAAGGAAGUUAAGAGAGAUAACAUUAUGAUUAUCUUGUACUUCUUAUGACAUUACACGUUAUAAUGAUUGCUCGCAAAAACUUUUAAUAGUCGAAUAAAGCACGUGUAAUUUGAAUCGCACGCGUUCGUUUAAAAGAAAAAUAUUUCCUUGUUUUCUCAAUAAGGAAACAUUUGUAUCCAAAGACUUAAAAUAUUGUAUACAUGGUCGAGUAUACUCCUAAGCACAGUUAGGUAUUGUUUAAUAUACUUGUGUAAAAAUGCAUGUGACAAAAUCACACGUGCUAUUUUCAUUUCUGAAUACAAAAAGCUAAACAGAAACGAACUUUGAGUUUGCUAUGAAAAAAAUGUUGAAUCGAGUACAUAUGUAUAAAAAACCCAGCUAAUUCGAAAUCGUCUUAAUACGUUUAUAAAGCUAUUAUGAUAGCUUGAAGAUUUUUAAUAUUAUAGCAGUAAUUGUCUAAAUAUGUUUUAAUCAGAAGCUGUUACACUCAUUUAUGAAGCGUAAACAUAUAAACGAAAGUUAACUUCAUACAUAAUUAAUUUUAUUUUAGAAAACGAAAAUAUCAGAAUUUUCAUACGAUUUUUUAUAUUUAAAUAUUGUAACCAAACGAUUUUUUUUACUUUUUUACAAUAAUACGUAAGACGUUGUAUUUUACUGAACAGGACUUAAAGAUUUAAACAAAUUGUGAUUUAUUAGUGCCAGCGAAGAUAUAAUUAAAUAAUUAUCUGUGCACAUAAUAAAUUGUAUCUUAAGUAUCAAUUACUUAUACACGGUCAACAACGCUGAAAUUAUUUGACUGAUAUAUACAGUAUAUCAUUGUUUUUCAUCUUUUACUACUUUGUUUUAUCUAUCAUUAAUCAUCUAUACGAGUUUUUUAUCGACCACUAGUUUAAAAUAUAUAUUUUAAAUUAAUCGGUCAUACAGCUACACUGUAUAUUAAGGGAGUUCGAUGAUGAAACAUAAGAAUUUAUACAAACUCAUAAGACUUCAAAAUGUAAGCAUUUUUUAAUACAUGAUCUUAUGAAGAAUGGUUAUCGAACAUUCACCAUUCAAGACUUAAAUGUAUAUAAAACAGUUGUAUGUAAAUGAAAACCCGUGGCGUGUUUUGAUGAAAUUUUAUUUAAAAAGCUCUAUACGAGUACGACUGUUUAGUCUGAACACUACGCUGUUUGAUGCGAAAAUCUAUGGAACAUGCUUAAAUCUUAAAUCUUGUAUUAUUUACAUAUUCAGAGAAUCUUCGUUAAUUUGGGUAUUACUAUUACGCUGUAAAUUAAUUUAUUAACUUUUAUAACGUGCCAUUUAUUUUAUAAAUUUGGAUAAGUAUUUAUAGAAUUUGAUAAAAUUAAUUUUCAUUUAUUAAAGUAAAUCAAUACAUUGAAGUUGAAAUUCAAAUAAGCGUGUAAUUAAUAUUGUAGUCGACGGUUACAGUAGUAUUGUUUUAAUAUAAUUUAUUUAUUACAUUUAUACAGAAAACUAAUUAAAGCAAAGAGAAAAUCAAAAUUUAUAUAGUACAUCGAAAUUAACUAAGCGCUAUGAAAAAUUUGACUCAUUUAAAGAAGUAAAAAAUAGUUGCAACCCCGUUGCAGAAACAACUAAAUUGCUCUUGUAUUAUUUCCCAAGUUGCUACAAGGAAAUCGAAUUUUAGAACAUACGGAUUCGCAUUAUAAAAUAAAGACUAAAUGCUUGCGAAACUCCAACGUUCGGUAUUACUGCAUGUAUUUAUUAUACUGCCUAGGUAUGAUUAAGACUUUUUGCAGGCUCAUUACGAUAAUUUUGUAUUAGUCAAGACAAUUAUCUUAAAAAUUAAUUUAUAAACUUAUAUUUUCAUUUCAAAGUCUGUUAAUGUUUCACAUUUUCCAUAUUAUUGAUUACUUUUAAGAAAACCAUGCUAUUGGAGUAAUAUUUCCACAUAUGUAUGUAUAAGUUUAUACAAUUUCGUAUGUUGGGUGUAUAAAAGAUAUAAAUUAAGAUGUCUAAACAAGCAAAUAUGAAAAUGUACAAAUUCUAGUUGAAUUUAAAAAUGUGAUUAUUUUCAAAAUUACUUUGUUUUGUAAAGUAUGUGGACAUUUUCAUAUUUACCUGUAUUGAUAAACUAAAAUAUUGUAGUCACAUAAGAUCACGUUAUAUUACGAAAGAAUGAAACGAUAUAAUAAAUAUGAUUCGUGUAAUUAAAGAAAAGCGUGUAUGAUAAUUUUUAUAAUUAAUUUUUUUAUAUAUAUGAUAUAUAGAUAUAUAUUAAUGUAUAUGCGAAAUAGGUACGUGUGAACAAGAAACUAAAUUAUAAAAAUUGUCGAUCACUACAGGACGAUUUAUAAAAAGAAAAACCUACCCUUGUAUGUAAAAUUACGUGAUUGACUGAAUACUUACGUCUCGUAUUAUUUAUAGAUGUCACUUCGCCUUCAACAAAUAUCUUGUACUAAUCUUAAUGACUUUUGUGAAAAGAAACGCAUCGAUUUUUUCUAUAGAAGAGAAAGAAGCUCUAUUGAGUACUUUUCUUAAUUUAUGCAGACGUAUGCAAUACUUGUUCUUCAAGUUCUAUAGGAAAAGGUAUUUAAAAGACUGACAACUACUUGAGAUUUUCUGUACCAUUAGAGUUGUUCACGUCGUCAUCUCGAGAGUUUGUCAAAAAGAUAAGAAUUGUAGAUUUAUACCGUAAUUUAUAUUGAGUAUAUUUAGUAACCUACGAUCUUUAUAUAUAUUCGGUCAAAUAUAUAAUCAAUGUUUUUGUA